CCUGGGGCAAGGUGACCAGGGGAUGGGGACUUCAGGUGAAGUGAUUGAACUGCGUUCAAUCCAGGCUGAUUCACCCAGAGAUGGGAUUGGCAGUGGUGGUGUGCAGUGGCUCCAGGCCUGACUGGCAGGGCUGCAGUGCCAGAAUGGCUGUAGUGAGCUGUGGGCCUGGUGCCUGGCAGCUGCCAGCACCCCCAGCCUGACCUAGGCUAAGGGAAGAAGAUUAAUUUUCCAAAGGCUGCAUGACCUCAGCAGAGUCAAGCUGACUGCCAACAAGGAGAAGGAAGUGUAGGGAGAGGAGGCUGAGCAUGAUCCUGGUGCCCUCCAUCCCUCUUGUUGAAGAGGAGAUAGCAGGUGAGCAAAGGGCAGCACUGAUCCACAGCGCCCUGAGCAAGGGUCACCAUCGAUUGUUAUCCCUCUGUCCCUCACAGGCUCUGUCACCUGAGCUGCUGGGGGCUGAGUUCAGAGUGGCCUUAAAGAAUCGCGUUGCCAGUGUCGGGAGCUGUGGUCCUGUCCUGCAGCCCUUCCUGCACACCCCAGAGGCUGGCUGGGGGGUGAGGGCGAGGAAGAGCUAGUGGGGGCCUGGAGAGGUGAGGAGGGGCCACAGGCAGAGUGACCAGUCGGGUGCAGGUGGGGGGCUGGAGGCUGGAGGCACGAAGGAAUGGCAUGGGCGGGGAGAAGGAGCAGUGAUAAGGAGGCAAUAAAUGAUACAGGGUGCUAUUUGCUUCCAAGCAGGAGCCCUGCGAUGGCUUCUCAUUCCAUGCUGGGGGAAUGAAUAAAUGAUAGGGAGUGGAUAAAUGAGGAGGCAGCAGUGGUAUGUGGGUGCCUGUGUUGGACAUGGCUUUACCUGACAACUGAUGGGCAUGAGGGUAGACAGAGAGGGCAAGGGAUGGGUUGAGGGAAGAGGCUCAGCCUAACUGAAAGCUGUGGGACCUGGGUUGUGCUCACCACAGAGAGAGCCAAGGUGGCCACAGGCUACCCCCACCAGGCACCAGAGAUUGAGACACAUUGCUCCAACUCCAGAGAUUGUGGUCCUGGAUGUCACCACUCCUGCUACUUCUCUGCUCCAUCCCACCAUCCAGCGGACCCAGGAUUUUCUAAUGCCUCACCCUGCCCACUGCCUUCACACCACACCUUGCUACCAGUCAGACUUUUGAGCCUGAAUUUCCGCUGCUGUAUCCCCAUGGGCCUGGGCCAAAUGUGACUCAGAAAUUCCGUACAACCAAUUCUAGGUUGAGAUAAAGCCCAGGGAGGUACGAUGGGUUCAGUGGGACUAUAGUGCCCACGAGGGACCUUUGGAACAAGAUAACAGUUGGAUCUGUGCGAACUGUGUGAGACCAGGGUAGUCCACAGAGCAUAGCACACCUGUUUGCAGCAGGUAAGUAAGGGUCUGGGUAAAAUACCCUGGGUGCUAUGACCAAAGGCUGUGGGUAACCCUCCUUGUCCUGGUCACAACUCCUGCUCCAGGACUUGGGUUGGGGAACAGACAUCCAUGGGAGCUGUGGGGGCACAGCAGUACCCUGUGGAGGCAGCUCUUGGCAGGAGAUUGGCACCAGGUUGUGCCCAGUUGCAAGAAGCCCCCUGCCUUGCACAUGGCAUGGGUGGUCAGGCAUGGCAGCAUCCUGGAUAUGGCUGGACACCAGGAGCUGAGACAGUAGUCAAGUCCUCAGAAUGGGAUGGCUCUGGGCACAGUGGUAGCAGUGCUGGGUCUACCACAGGUGGGGAACCCAGCACACCAGGGCACCCACCAUGGUGGGUGCUAUGCAUCCAUGGGGCUGGGAAAUGGGGCAGCUUCCCGACAGGGCAGGAGGCAGCAAACAAUGUCUCAAAGGUCACUGGCUGGUUUUAAUAAAUAGGACUAAGCAGAGCAUGCAUCUGACUGGUGGGUCCUGACCAGUUUGAGCACAGCAGGUAGGAGGGCUGGGGAUCACACAGGGACUCAGGCUGGCACACCCCCACCCACCCAGGGAGGAGAUUGUGGGUCCAGCUGCAAGUGGAUGAGCACCUUAAGACUGAGCAGACCACCAGCUGGGUGGGCCUGGCAUGAUGGUGCAGCUCUCAGAGUGAACCCUGAAUAAGGACAAGCUGUGGAUUUGUACAGAUUCCUCAGUCUCACCAUCCCAGCCCUGUGAAAGGUGAGACCUCCGCCCAGCCUAGCUCCUCUGCUCACAGGCUCAUCCUGCUCUGCACUGCAGGGGUCAAGGGAAGACACUGUUGGAGGGAUGGUGAGCUGUGACAUUUGCCAGGGUUUCACAUUCCUGCUCCCCUCAUGUGUAAAGGGACAAAGUCUGCAGAUGGGGCUGUAGGAUGGCUGGGGCUCGGUUCAGCAGCUGUGCUGGCCCACUGCCCUGCCUUGCUGCAGUACACAGAGGGGAAGGUGGUUGGCACUGAGGUGGGUUCUUUGCGGGCAGGUUGAGAGGGAGCCCCCCCGAGGCAGCUCUGCUGGCAGACCCCACCUGUGCAUUCCAGUGGGGUAGAUGGGGCUGUUGGGCUGGAGUGAGCAGCACUGAUUGCCAAAGCCUCAGUUCCUUCCCAGCCCACCGGCUGACUGCCUACUGCUCUCUAUUUUGAGCCACUGCUGCUGCUUCAGGACUCCCAAAAUUCAGCUUGUGCCUAUCCUCAGGGCCAUUCCUGCCCACCUGGCCAGGAUGGGAUGGUCCCGUGGGCAAGUGGAGCUGGAGGAGGGGCUUCAGGGUGGGUGGGGUGUUGGCUGCCCCUGGCCGUGGGAAUGUGGCUGAGCUGUCCCUAGUGUCCUUGCAGUGGACUGGCAUUUUGAGAGCCAGGUGGGCAUGGCAGCAGAGAUGGCCCUGACCCACCGAGCACCCCGUGAGGUGCUGAGUGAGGCUGAACUGGAGGAGAUGGUGCAGAGAAAACCUCCCACCAAGCUGUCUCUGCGUGGCUGUCUCCGCAAGACCAGAUGUUCGGGCUCUGCUGCCAAGUCCCUGCUGUUCCGCUUCCUGCCCUUCCUGCGUUGGCUGCCCCGCUACCCCAUCAAGGACUGGCUCCUGGGGGACAUCGUUUCUGGCUUCAGUGUGGGCAUCAUGCACCUGCCCCAGGGGCUUGCCUAUGCGCUGCUGGCUGGGCUGCCGCCAGUCACGGGUCUCUACUCCUCCUUUUACCCCGUCUUCCUCUACUUCUUCUUUGGAACAUCAAGGCACAAUUCUGUGGGCCCCUUUGCUGUCAUAUCUGUCAUGAUUGGGAGCUUGACAGACUCCCUGGUGCCCAGCGAGAACUUCCUGGAGUCCGUCAAUGGCAGCAAUGCAACUGUCAAUGAGGAAUUGCGCGACGCUGCCAGGGUGGAGCUGGUGGCCACUAUCACUGUCCUGACAGGUAUCUUCCAGGUGGCCCUGGGCCUCCUGCAGUUUGGAUUUGUGGUGACCUACCUCUCAGACCCUCUGGUGCGUGGCUACACUACUGCUGCCUCUGUGCACGUCCUCGUCUCCCAGCUCAAAAAUGUUUUUGGAGUCUCCCAGGGCGAACACUCAGGGCCGCUCUCACUGUUUGUGACCAUCAUCGAUCUCUGCAAGAAGCUGCCAGACACCAAUGUGGGCACCCUGGUGACUUCCAUCAUUGCCAUGGCGGCCAUCUUGAUCGUGAAAGAGCUCAACCACAAGUUUGCUGCCAAAUUGCCUAUGCCCAUCCCCAUCGAGCUUAUCACGAUCAUCGUUUCCACUGGCAUCUCCUAUGGGGUCAACCUGAAUGACAAGUUUGGCAUCUCUGUAGUGGGCAACAUCCCCAGCGGGCUGAAGCCACCUGUGGCCCCUAAUGUCAGCUACUUUGGGCAGGUGGUGGGCAAUGCCUUUGCCAUUGCUGUGGUAGGCUAUGCCAUCUGCAUCUCCCUGGGCAAAAUCUUUGCUCUGAAACAUGGCUAUAAAGUCGACAGCAACCAGGAGCUGAUUGCAUUGGGCCUCUGCAACUUCCUGGGAGGUUUCUUCCAGUGUUUUGCCAUCAGCUGCUCCAUGUCGAGGAGCCUGGUACAGGAGAGCACAGGGGGCAACAGCCAGGUAGCUGGUGUCAUCGCAUCUCUGGUCAUCCUGGUGACCAUUCUGAAGAUUGGAGAGCUCUUCCGGGACCUGCCCAAGGCUAUCUUAGCUGCCAUCAUCAUUGUCAACCUCAAGGGUAUGUUCAAGCAGUUCAGCGACCUCAGCACUCUCUGGAAGUCCAACCAGGUGGACCUGCUGGUCUGGAUUGUGACAUUCAUAGCCACUCUCCUAUUGAACUUGGACAUAGGCCUGGCAGCCUCGGUGGCCUUUGGGUUGCUCACGGUCAUCUUCCGUACCCAGCUUCCCCACUACUCCAUCCUGGGGCGUAUCUAUGACACUGAUGUCUACAGGGAUGUGGUGGAAUAUGAGAUGGCACAGGAGGUCCCUGGUGUGAAGAUCUUCCGCUCUUCCUCCACCAUCUAUUUUGCGAACGUGGAGCUGUAUGCUGAGGCCCUGAAGCAAAAGAGCGGCAUUGAUGUGGACCGCCUGAUUGAGAAGAAGAAGAAGGCCCUCAAGAAGCUGAAGAAACAGCAGAAGAAACUGGAGAAGGAAAAGGCAAAAAGGAAAAAGAAUGCAGAGGAUGGUCCAGGCCUGGCAGUGAUUGAGUUGAGUGCAGGAGAGAGCAGUGUGCUCUCAGAGCCCACCCUGCACAGCCUAGGGCUGCCCCAGCCCAGCUUCUACGCCAUCGUCUUGGACUUCAGUCCUGUCAGCUUCGUGGACACUGUCUCCAUCAAGAUCCUGAAGAAUAUCUUCAGGGAUUUCCGUGAGAUAGAAGUUGAUGUCUUUAUUGCCAGCUGCCCGGUAUCCGUCCUGGCCCAGCUGGAGCGGGGCAACUUCUUCAGUUCAGCCAUCACCAAGCAUUCCUUCUUCCCCUCGGUGCAUGAUGCCGUGGUGCACAUCAGCAGGGAGCGGCACCAGGCCUUGGUGGACCACAGCACCAGAAUGUAGUCCCUCAAGAGGAAGACGUCUCCCCCAGGAGCUGGGCAGGCAAGGAAGGCUUUGGAACCCUGACAGCACCUACUCACCUACCCUGGGGCCCAGAUGCCCUGAUCCCCACCAGCCCCUCUGGACUCUUUGUGCUGGGGCCCCGCCCUGUCCAUGAGCCCUGCUGUGAUAGGGCUGCUGCUGGACGAAGCUGCUGCUGGCUGUCAGGCCAAGGGGCUGCCUGGUGUCCCCAGGUUGCCCCAACACAGGCCUGCCCAAGCAGGCUAGGAUGUGGUUUGGGGUGCAGUGGAGGGGCUAAAGAGUUCCCACUCCCAGCUGACGUCGUGAAUAAAGCUAC